ACAGCCCGCCCUCAGCGCGGAGCGGCGGGGCCGCCUCCUCCCGGUUCUUCUCGGCGCUGUGGCGGCGGCGGCGGCGGCGAUGGCCGAGCUCAAGUCGCUGGGCGGCGAGGCGUACCUGGCGCUGGCCCCGGGCUACGGCCCGUCGGCUUUCGCUUACGGCGGCGCCGAGGGCCCGCGGGGCGCCUACGCUGGGGGCGGCGGGGCGGACUUCCACCCCGGGGCGCUGGGCAAGUCGGCAGAGAGCAGCGGCGAGCAGAGCGGCGACGAGGAGGACGGCUUCGAGGCCGGCGUGAAGGGCAGCGCGGCCUUCGAGAGGGAGGGCAAGCUGAAGGCAGCGGCGCUGGGCAAGAAGCCCAAGGAGCAGCGCUCGCUGCGCCUCAGCAUCAACGCGCGGGAGCGGCGGCGGAUGCACGACCUGAACGACGCGCUGGACGGGCUGCGCUCCGUCAUCCCGUACGCCCACAGCCCCUCGGUGAGGAAACUCUCCAAAAUCGCCACCCUGCUGCUGGCCAAGAACUACAUCCUCAUGCAGGCGCAGGCUCUGGAGGAGAUGCGGCGGUUGGUGGCCUACCUGAACCAGGGCCAGGCCCUCAGCGCCCCGCUGCCCGCCACCCUCAACCCCUUCGGACAGUCGGCCGUGUAUCCCUUCACCGGCACGGCCUUGCCCGGCUGCCCCGAGAAAUGCACUGCCUUCACAGGAGCCGCCUCCGCGCUCUGCAAACACUGCAGCGACAAGCCUUGACUUCUGCCUUCUUCGGGCUUCUUCUCGGGUUUAUUUUUCUUCUUUCUUUUACUUCCGUGCUUUUUUUUUUUUUUUUCCACUGCCAUCAGCCCCGGCUUCCUACCAUCAGUUAAGUCUGGGUUUUCUUUUUGUUCAUUUCUCUUAUACCUCCCCUGUCCCCUGGACCUCGUAUUGGAAACAUUUGGCCAUUACACCAACCCAAAAAGCACACCCGUUACUAACUUCGUUUAGUUCUGUGCAGCUUCAUCCAUAGAGUCGUUUCCUUCCCGUGCUGUUAGUGGACUGUGCACAUAACAUUUCUGCUUGUGAAGUUCUUGAGCAGUUCUUAAACUGAACUCCAGAAACACAGAGAGGGGGGGAAGAUCUGGUGAUGGAAACCUCAGUGGGUUUUUUGGGCGUGAUUGAUCUGGGUUAAAAACAGCUUAUAAGAAACAAAACCCAGCCCCGAAGCUAUGCAAUGUUUCAGAAUCACACGUAAACUAGGGGUUCCUAUGUAGCCAGAUGGGGUUUGACUGCGCCCACAAAUCCCAGUGCAAAUGUCAUUUGCUCAGCUUGUGGGAGGGAGGAAGUUUGGUGCUCCUGAUAAAAUUACAGAUGCUUCAAAAUAAGAUGCAGUCUCGUGCUUUAAAAGAAAAUAAUUCUUGAACUGGGGGGACUCUUGAUUGUAUGCUAAUGCCUGCUUUUUGCCUGUUUCUCAGCGUGGUUAAGUUUUCCAGGUUUUCCAAAGCCUUUGCUCAUCAUGAUAAACAAACAGAAAAGUCACUUAACAUAUUUAUAUGUAUUUAUAAUAAAUAAAAGACAUGAAUAACUGUUUUCUCUGUCCUACAUGUCUCUAAAGCCAGCUGGUAGUCAGAGCACAGCCCCUGCUGAAGUCAGUUAAAGAGAUGCUGCAGCAGUGCUUCACAGGGGACCAAUGUGAAGUUAGGUGAACAAUCAUACUUUGAAAAGCUUUUGGACAUUCAGCUCCUUAUCAGCAGGGAUUUGGGAUUUCUCUGCAGUUCGUUUCAUGAAUCCCAAGCAUGCAAAAGACACUUGUGCCUGGCAUUUACAGUUACGCACUAUGUAAGUAUGUCAGAUUUAGGUUGUGUAUUUCAGCGCUUGCUGGAGAAUGCCUUUACCCCAGCGCUGGAGCUGUGUUUAAAAGGGCUGCUCUAGCACAGAACUUAGCUCACAGGAUGCUCUUGUGAAACAUGGCAGGGAAGGAAGUUGCUUAAAGACUCUGCUCAUCCCUUUGGCUUGGUUUUCUGUUCUGUCUGCAGCUUGAUCCUAGACCUGCGUGUGGUUUGGACCACUUAAUGAAUGAUUAAAUGAAUAAUCUUGCCAAGUAUCGACUGUGUUAGUGCAAGUUACCAAGCGGGUACCUUGCUGGCCAAGUUUUUAAUGUCCGUGCUGGUUUACUUUGGUUUUGUUUUAUUAUAUUUAAUGCUUUGGUGCCUUGUGUGCUUCACUAAUCAUUAUAUAAUCGUAAUUGAGGUACAUUCAGUGAUUUCUGUUCGGAUCGGAAUACCCGCCCCAUGUCAGAGCAAGCACAUAAACUGGUACAGUUGCAGCCUGAGGGGCUUGAGCUGUCCGUGGCCAUUUGUGUUAGGAGUGGGGUGUAACUAUUUAGGGUUAUUAAACCAAUUUCCAUGGCUGUCGUUAGUGUUAUGCUAAUUUGAAAAGGACUGCCAUCCCUCUAAAGCCGCUUGUCUGCGGCACUUAAUUUUAAUUAAUACCUUUCCAAAAGACUUUUUGUUUUGGAACAUGGAUGCGUGAUUAAGCUUCGUUCACAAGCACAUACUUAAAAUUAGUUCUUGUUCAUUUCCAUUUUUGUAUCUUCGUUUCCUCUUUUUUAACAGGACAGUUUAUCCGUUGUACCUCUGUCAGUAAAGUCUUGAAAUUAUUCUUAAAAGGCAUCUAUGAAGUGAAAGUCAACCAAAACCAAUAUGAAGCACGAAUGACUGGAAGCUGCAAAUCAGCAAUGGUCAUCCGAUAUUUUGCAGUCUGAGUUGUUGUCAGAAACUAUUUGGAGGAGAGGAGAAAAUCAUGAUUUUUAUCUAAAUGUUCAUUAAUUCUGUUUAAAACUAGUGAAAAUCAAGCAGUUGUGAAUAUUUAAAUGGCAAAGGGUUAAACUGUUUGGUUUUCACCAAAACUGAAAUAGUUGAAGUAUGAAGUACUCAACAGCUUAAUAUUAAAUAUGAGUUUGUGCUGGUUAAAAAAUUGUACCAAUGGAAUUUAUAAUUGCUUUUUUCUCAGAUAAUUAUAUUGAAAAGUGUCUCACUGUAAUUUCCAAGCUGAGAAAAGUCUUCGCAGUCUUACGGUUAUAUUUGGAACAAUGAUUUUUAGUAUAGUGAUUAACUUUUGCAAUUUCCAUGAGAAAAAAGCCUGCUUAUAUUACAAUAUCUACCUAGAAUCCUAAAAUCAACCUUCAGAGGGUCCUUGAAAUAUACAGAAGGCUCUUUGAGAACCCACUUUGAAUUCAAAGUGAUUAAUUCAUUUCAAACACAGAAGUUAAAGCCUUUAUUUAAGAAAGUUUUAAUAGGAAAAAGAAAGAUGGAGUAAGUACUGUUAAGGGCAAGCUAUUAAAAACGAAAAUGUAGAAAUUAUCAAAGCAAUACCACAGAAACUUGUAAAUAAUUAUUAAAAUCUACUUUAAAGAGUAAUUAAUUUCAAAAUGGAAGGAAGCCCAUUCAUAGUCCUGCCUGCAACAAAGUACUGCUGAACUCCGAGCUGACUGGCUUCCAGGUUAUUGUGAAAGUUCAGUUCUGGGAGUUGUUUCCAGCUGCCCUGGGCUUGCAGGAUUUUUACUCUUCUUAUACAGAGCUGGAACCCAUACAGAGCCCUUUCUGUUUCCUGCAGACAGGAAGGCAUCUAGUUCGGUAUGAUGUAUGCUUUGUGUUGAGCUGCUGCUAAUACUGCUGCCAAAUGAAUGCCCAAUAUUGCUUUGCUGAGAGAGGGUAAGCCAGGCUUCUGGCUGUUGCAUUUGUGUGUGUGAAGCAUCGGUGUUAACCUUGCAGGUAUGUGUGGUUAUUGUGAGGAGAUCCCGUGAAUUCUCAGUUGGUUUUCCCCCACUGGCAUAUGGAAAAAAUAUAUACAUUGUGUUCCGUGUAAGGUUUUAUGUCUCUUUUUUCAGUUGGUGUUUCAGAGAAUAUAAAGGAAGAACUUCAAAAUGCUGAAAUCUCUUUUUCUGCUCUCAUGUCCUUGUUAAGAUUCCUUGCUUUUUAUGACGGACUUGCAGUGUGUGCUCGGAUGGAACUGAAAUACAGAUCAUGUGUUCUAAUCUGCUUGUUAUCCUGGUAUGUUCAUACUUGACAGGAAAAGACAAUGCCAACUUUAAUUAAAGAUAAUAUAUUGUUUUCUAA